CUGUGACGGCUGAAAGUUGAGUGUCAGCGACAAUAGCACUGGGUCAAAAUAGUUUUGUUUCUUGCCUCUGCGUGUGUGUGUGUGUGUUUUGGGGGGUUAAAUGAGGGGUUAAAGGGUUAAAACUUCAAAAUAACUGAGUCAUUACAAUUGAGUUUCAGUUUGGUUCAGACUCAUGGCGAAGGUUAGCUAUGUGUUUGGGAUGGCGAGGGUUAGAGUGAGAGGCUGGGGAACGUCAAUGGGAGGUCCUCAGAUAGGCAGAAAUACGAACGUGUGUGUGUGUGAGAGAGCGAGAGAAGAACAUUGUGUGAGCUUCACUGGGCCUCUGUUAAGCAAAGUGGAUUAGGUAAAUGGCAGCAAAUCAAUGAACAGAAUGUCGACACACAAACAGACACACAUUAGGUCACAUUCCACCAUCCAGAGCCAGUUUCUCAUCCGACCCAUUCAAAUGUCUGUUUAUUUUGGCUGUUUCUUAUUCUGCAUUUACUCAAGUUUUCAGUUUGAGACAGCCUUAGACAUCUAAUGCUCCAUGUAAAACAACAUGGUGGGCCUGAUUCGGGCCCACGGCCUCGGGUUUGACAUGUGAAUUAAUCCUGAAUCUUAAUAUUUAGAAGCUGAAGACUCUACCAACGCUCUUGAUGUGCCCUUCGGAAGUGAUCCGAAACCUGCGUGGGAGUCUUACGUAUGCCUGAUGACGGUUCACCAGACCACGUCAUAUGUGGGAACUCUUCCCUCGCUGCCUCCCCCCCACCUCGCCGUCAAAAUCCCCAUUCCAGCUCCUCUGCAUGGGCGUCCCAUUCCGACCAAUCGGAGCCCAGCACCAAGACGGGAAUCUGCAUAAAUCCGCAUGGCUAAUGUCCCGUGCAGAUUGAAGCAGCAACAGUGUGACGUCAUCAUUUUUCAUGAAACAAAACAACUGCAUUUUUUUUUUAAAUCCCCCGCCCUAAUUAAUGCGUUAAAUCAUUUCCAUUCGAAAAGAGAGGAAAACAAACUGCAUUUGUUUGUGUAAUUGCCCAUGAGCAAGAGAUGAAGAAGAGGAAAGUGUGUGUGUGAGAGGGAAGCUGCAUAAACAGUGGAGAUGGAUGAGUCUAUUACAGCGGCAGCUAAUCCAGCUAUUAGGAAGUAGAGUGGAAGAACGUGAUAGAAAGGUUACACGCGUCCGUCUAAUGGCUCUAAAUACUGACUUAAACGGCAAGUCAAGGAAUUUUAGAGAUCAUUACAGAUGUUACCCCGGGGUGUCACCGGGACUUAUGGGCCUUCUGCUGCCUUUUGUUCUCCUCCGAUGAUUAUAGACUUGAGCCACGAAGAAGGACCUGUCAGCGUUCGGCUAACAAGGCUGUCACUUCAUCUGCUGGUCAUCGCCUCGGAAAAAAAAACAAAAAACAUUUUCAUCAUAAAAAAUGUCUCUACAUUCAUUUAUGAGUCUUUAUUUUCUGAAUCUCUGAUUCAAUACAUGUGGAUGUUAAAUUAUACUUGCUUUCACUGACUUUAUCCAUUUUUUAAAUCCCAUAUUAUUAGAUUUGAAGCUCCUAUUGGUCGCAGUAGAUUUGUCGUCUCUGAUCCUGACUAUUGUGGUGAGAGGAUUUAAAUAACAGCACUUCUCAGGGUUUCACCUUUAGUCCUUCACUGCUUAAAUACAGUCAGUGCAUUUGUGUGCAUUCUUCUUCCCUUGUACUGUUUGUUGUGCAAGCAGGCUCCGGACCACUGCUGCCACCUGCUGUCUGAUUAAGCACAUUGAUAUCAACAAUAUUUGUCAUGCUAAAAUGUUAAAAAUAAAUGCAGGUUAAAAAUAUCAGUUGAAAAUAUUUAUAUUAUGAUCAUUUAGGACCGGUAAGAUGCAGAAUAUUUUGGAAUUAGUUCUGCUUUGCUGACGUUGUUGGUAGCUGGGUGACAUUUUCAGCAGCGUUUGUCGAGAUUUCUGUCAUCUCACAUUUCAUUUAAUGAAAACAUUAGGAUAACUCUCAUUUGCAGGAGGUCCUUUCUUCCUGUGGCAAUAAAAACAAUCUGAAAAAAAUCACAAUGAAGGAUUCUACUUGAACUGAAUUUUCUUACACAUUGUUCACAUGGUUUCUAAGCUCUUUAGUAUAGCUUUUUUGCACUUUAUAAUAUUAUUUCUUUUUAAUUUAUUGUCAUAUGUUGAGUACAGAGCAUGUUACGAACACAAUUUCCCUUGGGAUUAAUAAAGUUUUUUUGAUUCUGAUUCUGAACACACAGGAACACACAUCAGCCUCCUGGGCUCAGGAAUAUAAACUGAGUGAAUGAAUAUUCUCUUCUUCUUUACUCUUCGACACUUCCUGUCUUCUGAUGACAUUCCCCUCACCCUACCUUAUUACACCAUCGCACAGAAACUCCCACCUCAAGGGCAGAAAUCUGUGAAGCCGUUUGCUAUUAACCAAAGGUUGAGGUCAAUAUCAAAGGCCUUGGUGGCGAGUCACUAGAGAUCUUUCAAGAAUUCACCAUUCUCAGAGGCCUUCCUGAUAUGCUUACAAGACAGAAAUGUGAAGAUGAGCAAAAGGGAUGGAGGCCUCACACCUUCAUGGCUCAGGUCAGGUGGAAUUGUACCCAUCGUGUAACACUGGGUGAGUCACUGAGAUUCAGAUGUGUGGUGACCAAACGGGAAGUCCUUAUAUGGUGAAAUCGCUUUAGGUAACAUUAUAAGCCGCGACGCUUUAAGCCUGGAAAUUUACUGUUGCUUUUGCGUCACUACUCUGUGGGGUCUCUUUUAUGACAGCAGCUCAAGUCGCACAUCCAUCUUGGAACGGGAUUGGACCAGCUGACAGCUGUGUAUCAGCCAAUCAGAGCGCAGGGUGUUGCAUCCAUCGUCGUGGUGAUGAGUCUACGUUCAGAGCUGGAGGAUGAGGAGCAGAGUGAGAGAAGACGUGUCGAUGGAGUGUCGCAUAGCAACGUAAGGGGGCGGGACAAAAAGGACAGUAGCCAUAUGGAUAGUGGUGGGCGGGGCUUAUUUUCAGACCGUGCUGAGGGCGGAGCUCCUUGCUAUAGUCUCAAGUGCCGGCUGGAAUUCAAGCUCCCGCUCUACUGUAAACUCCCCUUUGUGGCCUCCACUCUUCACCGCCUGGGCCUGAAGAUACAGCAGGACUCCUGGACAAGCCUUAGAAAAUGUCCAACAGCGUCAACUGGAAGCCCUUUGUGUUCGGCGGCCUGGCGUCGGUGACUGCCGAGUGCGGCACGUUCCCCAUCGAUUUAACCAAGACCCGUCUACAAGUUCAAGGACAAGUAGGCGACAGCAAAUACCGCGAAAUCCGGUACCGAGGCAUGCUCCAUGCGUUGGUCCGGAUAGUGCGGGAGGAGGGGCUCCGAGCACUGUACUCCGGAAUCUCCCCUGCUAUGCUAAGACAAGCGUCCUACGGGACCAUCAAGAUUGGAACAUACCAGACGUUUAAGCGACUUCUGGUUGAGAGGCCAGAAGAUGAGACCUUACUGACUAAUGUGUUGUGCGGCGUUCUCUCCGGGGUCAUCUCCUCCUCCAUCGCCAACCCCACUGACGUGCUGAAGAUCCGCAUGCAAGCUCAAGGCAGCGUGAUCCAGGGCAGCAUGAUGGGGAACUUCAUCAACAUCUAUCAGCAGGAGGGAACACGAGGACUCUGGAAGGGCGUCUCGCUCACGGCUCAGCGGGCAGCGAUCGUCGUCGGGGUCGAACUGCCUGUCUAUGACAUCACCAAGAAGCACCUGAUCCUGUCAGGCUACAUGGGCGACACGGUGUACACGCACUUUUUGUCCAGUUUUGUUUGCGGCCUGGCCGGAGCACUGGCGUCCAACCCGGUGGAUGUAGUCCGGACACGCAUGAUGAACCAGAAGGGCGGCGCUCUGUAUCAGGGAACACUGGACUGUCUCCUGCAGACCUGGCGCUCCGAGGGCUUCAUGGCGCUCUACAAGGGUUUCUUCCCCAACUGGCUUCGCCUGGGACCCUGGAACAUCAUCUUCUUCCUCACCUACGAGCAGCUAAAGAAGAUCGACGUGUGAGCGACAGAGACUGUUCUCUGAAGGAGACUGAAGAGUACCAAGGCGGCCGAAGGACUCAGUCGGAUCUUUGAAAGAGCCACCGGUGUUAGUGACGGGUCGACCCCGACCAAAGGUGCCACGAGCGCUGGUCAGCCUCUUUUUUUUUGAAGGAGGCCGUUCCUCUUCCGAGCAUGGGCGCGACUGUUGAAGCUCCAAGUGCUGCAUUCAAAAUUCAUUUAAACAGCUAAGCGCCAUCUUUGUUGUUGUCAGCUGCUGUUAGCUCGCUACGAAACGGCUGACAAUCAAAUGAUUCCAUUGUUGGAUGAUAAGGAAAAUCCAAGUGUGACAGGACGUUUUCUAUAUUUCUAGAGUGAGUGGCGGGUGUUUGUUUGUCCAAGGCUGGUGAAGGUUUGUUUUAAUUUAAAAGCUUCUGUGGAUUUUUGUGUUACACGUGUGGCCAUGUCAUGUGAUAGCUGGGGGGCGCCCCCUGCCCUUUUGUGGCGUAAGAGUUCGCUUUGCUAAUUUAAACUUGCGGAAAUGUUACAUAAGCCAACCCAGAGUGUCAUUCGAUGUUUACAGCUCACUUUCUCUGCUCCUGUUUUUGCACGCAGACGCUUCUUGACAACUGUGCCUUUAUUUUAAAUAUUUUUUAUACAUAUAAAUAUAUAUAUAUGUACUUGAGCUGCUUCAACUGCCAAAUUGUGAGCUGCUUUUCAUGCCAAAAUAAAAAAGUGAAAUCAA